AUAUUUUUUCACUCAAGUGAAUGUAAAGAUUUUAAAAACCUAAAUUUGGGUGAUGAUGUAGAAUUCACUAUACAAAUAAGGAAUAAUAAAGAAGUGGCAAUAAAUAUUGUCCAUUUGCCAUUAGGAACUGUUGUAUUUGAUGAUGUCUCUAAAGAAACAGUAAUGGGUCAUGUUAUUAAGAUGUUUGAUAAAUUACAAACAAGACAUCCUGAACCUAUGUCUGGAAAAAUUCGGUAUCGUCGUGAUAGCAGGGAAAUGGAAAUUUCUUUUGGUGAAAAAGACACAAAAGGUGAUUUUACCCUUCAAGUUGGAGAUUGGGUUCAGUUUAACAUAGCUACUGAUCGUCGUGAUAAACUUCAACAUGCCACAAAUAUUGAUUUAUUAGAUGAAAGUUUUCUUGUGUCAGGAGAGAUGAGAGAACAGGUAUUUUGUUUUUGUUUUUAUUAG